ACUGAAACCCGGUAGCGGGUUCGGGGCGCUAAGACGGCCUCCAUAUCCGGUUGAAUAAUACGCCAGCAGCAGUGUUUCCUGCUCCUCCUCAAUAACAAACACACACACACGCUUUUGCGCUCACCCUUCGUCCUUCUGAAUGCGCUUUAUUACUCUGCCUUUUCUCUUGAGCAAAACCUAGCUUUAAGCCUGGCUGCGCGCAGGCGCAAUACUAACUAUUCGGGAGGUCGGGUCUGUUGACAAGCGGUAUGCGCAUGCGUCUUACUAACUGGGCUGACCGCGUAUCUUCGUCUGACGUCAGUAUUCCCGCUGUUCAACCUUCUGCGCGCGAAUUGCAAACUGACAGCGGAGCGGCGGCUGAGGAUGGCUCGGGCAGCGCGCAGGAAUAAGAAAGUGGUUGAUUAUUCUCAGUUUGGUGAUGCAGAUGAUGACGAUGAAGAUUUUGCAAGUAUAGCUGUACCAUCAAGCAAAAAAUCAAAGAGGGUGCACCCUGACUCAAAGGAGAAAAAGAGGGCCCCCAAAGAGGAGAUUCUGUUACAGAAAAGAUCACCAAUCAAAAGGGUCACCUUGGAUGACAAAGUUUACCAGAGACACUUGGAAGUUGCCUUAGCAUUGUCAGUGGAUGAACCAUCUUUAGACAACUGUAAAAUAGAAGACUUGAAGGAACAAGAUGAUGAAACAUGUAAAUACGUUGCAAUGGAAAGCAGAGAUAGUGGUGUACUAUCAAGCUGCGGUGAAGUCUCAGGUAUGGAAGCUGACCAACCCAGAGCACAAUCUCAGUCCAGCACUCAUGAUGAGCAAUCCCAGGAUGUUUCAGCUGAAGAACUGGAGGUGGAUUCCAGCUUUAGUGAAGAAGAAGAAGAUGAUGACGAUACAUUUGUGGUGAAGAAGAAAAUUAAAGAAAAUAGGAAGGAUGGAAGGAAGUUAAAUGUUGAAGCCAGAAAGAGAGCACAGAAGCCACCCAAACUGAAAAUGAAUGAUGUGGUUCAAGUAAAAUCUCAGCCAGCUUUGCAGAAAGCAUCUAGUUUUCCAGAACCAAUUGGAAAGCCUUUGAAAACAUCAAGCCCUUCAGCAGUCAAGAAGCCCCAUUGGACACCACCAGCUGCAACUGGAAGCAGUGCCAACCAACUGGGAAAGGUCCCUGUGACAUCGCCCACACAAGGUCUCCGGCUUGGCCUCUCCAAAUUGGCAAGGGUGAAGCCCCUGCACCCAAAUUUUGCCAGCAGCUGAGUGUGUCGGUGAUGGUUUCAGGGGAUUGCAAAUUGAAAUUAAAGUACCUGAAAGGUGUUGGCAGCAGUGGAGGGGGACACACCUCUUCUUGUUUUUAAAAAGUGGAGAACCUUUUGUAGGCAAUUUAUCCAAAUUGUGUUUUUAAAGACGUGAGCUACGAGGCUUAGAACAUGCUCCAAUAAUAUUAUUGAUAUGCGGACCCCUCCCACAGUAACCGAAAUGUUUUGAUCAUUGGCAGAUUCAUACCAGCUUUGUAGAUGUGUGAUAACUUAACACUUGUUAUGUGGUACUGGCCUCGGGGAAGUCAUUAAGUGUAGCCAUUCAUAGCAGUCCAGUCCAGUUGCCUUUGGUCCUGCAAUUGCAUUUUUUAAAAAGCCUUCAACAAUGUAAUCUGCAUGGAAGUACUUGGUUGUGCAACUUAUAUAUUUAGCUAAAAGCAACUUUCAGAUUAUGACUUGGAGAGAUGUGCCCGAAUCACAGUUGAAAGCGUGGUUCAAGCACUUUUAGGGAAAUUAAAAAGAGGAUUUGAAGAAAAAGGAGAGCAGGUACUUACUUACCUGCUCUCCGCCACCCCUUCCAGUUUCCUGCUGGGGUGGCGCUGGUCCCCAAAAGCUCCCCUUCUUUGUGCGCCGUCAGCAUGCACAUGGUGUCUGCACAUGCGUGGGUGCCAUUUGUGUGGUCAGCAUGGUUUGGAAUGUUCUUUCUUCUGAUAGAUCAUAUAAACAGUGUUGUUUUCAAGAGCUCAUGCUGUUUUUUUAAUGACCUAAACCAUUUAAUAUAGUUCAGAUCUUUGUAAUAACUGAUACUUGCACUGAGGUGUGGAUUUGAUAACUGUAUAUUAUGUAUAACUGUGAUUUUUUAAAGAAAGUGAAAUAAAAUAUUUUUAGAAAUGGCAAAAAUCUGUUAGCCAUUUCUCUCUUUUAAAAUACGUUACAUUAAAGAGUUGCUGUUUGUUUUAA